AUGAUGACGGCCCGUCGGUGCGCGCGUCGUAUGGAGCGGGUGUGCUGCACUACGGCCAAGUACAUGCCCCUUGGGUUCGUGUACGGGCUGACAUCAUGGGGUAUGUGGGUGGUGGCCAAGGUCGGACUGGCGGGGAGUGCCAAGCAGCCGUGGCUGGGGAAGUGGUCGACGGCGUUUGGGCUGCUGCUGUACGUGCUGCUGAACUGGUCGUACACCACGGCCGUCUUCACGCCGCCCGGGUCGACGACGGACGACAACGGCUACGGGCUCCUGCCGACGGAGGCCUCGGGGGCGGAGAACGGGGCGACGUCGUACACGGUCAAGAGCAACGGCGAGUUCCGGUACUGCAAGAAGUGCCAGGCGCGCAAGCCGGACAGGGCGCACCACUGCUCGACGUGCCGGCGGUGCGUGCUCAAGAUGGACCACCACUGCCCGUGGCUGGCGACGUGCGUCGGCCUGCGCAACUACAAGGCCUUCCUCCUCUUCCUCAUCUACACGAGCGUCUUCUGCAUGUACGCGGCCGUCGUCGCGGGCACGUGGGUGUGGUCGGAGCUGCUCGACAGUGCCGAGUACAUAGACUCUCUGGCGCCCGUCAACUUCGUCAUGGCGGCCGUGGUGGGCGGCAUCAUCUCCAUCGUCGUCGGCGCCUUCACGUCGUGGCACAUAAUGCUCGCCUGCCGCGGCCAGACCACGAUCGAGUGCCUGGAGAAGACGCGGUACCGCUCCCCGCUCCAGAGAGCCUAUCGCCAGGCCCACGACCCGGCAAACCGCAUGGCCCCGGCGGCCCGGCAGCUCGUCGACUUCCACGCCAACGCCAUCCCGGGCGUCACGCGCCCCGAGGAGGGCGAGGAGGGCCGCUCCAGCUUCCAGCGCCAGGAGCAGAGCCCGUACGAGGCCGGCCCGGAGACGGGCACGCGCAUGUCGUACGCCGACAUGGAGCGCGAGCGUUCGCGCCGCCGCUACGAGGAGUACCUGGACGAGCAGGACUCGGACAAGCUGCCCAACGUCUUCGACCACGGGUGGCGCGCCAACCUCCGGCACCUGUUCGGCCCCACGCCUCUCCUCUGGUUCGUGCCCGUGUGCAACACGUCGGGUGACGGAUGGUACUGGGAGGCCAGUCCUCGCUGGCUGGAGGCGCGCGAUCGCCUACGCGCCGAGAGGGAGCAGCAGCGUCUGCGCGAGGUGAAUGCCGGGUGGGGGCCGAGCUACGAUGACGACGACGUCGGCAACGACGUCGACGACGACUCCGUGGCCCGUGUGAACGGCGCGCGGCCAUCCAACGGGAGCACCAAGGCCGACCGAAUCCUCGGUCGCGACCCGAACCUGUACGCCGACAGGACGCAGGACGCCGUUCCGAUGAAGAGGCUGAGCAGCGGGCCGCACCGCCACCGCUACAGGACAGUGGACGACGAGCUCGCCGAGAUUGACGGCGUGGACGGCGACGAGGCCGAGCACGCCGCCGCCAUGAACGUCGUCACCAACGGCGCGUGGGGGAAGGGCGGGGCGAGUGGUGUGUUGAGGAAUCAGGGACAGGGCCAGCAGCAACGGCGGUCGCCGCCUGCCGCGGGUGUACAGGUGCGAAGGUAUCAAGAUGAUGGAGUCGACUGA